GUUUUCCGAAAAGCUGCGCUACAAAUUGCUGAUCAUCCGAACGAUGCAUCACUGGAUACUAUCAUCGUCAACAGCGAAAAUCUGGAAAAAUACGUGGGAAGGCCAAAGUUCACCACAGAUCGUAUGUAUGAAAUUACUCCGCCUGGGGUUGGUGCUGACUGGGACCACGAUUAACACUUGUUUCCUUUUUUAGGU